AAAAGAUAAAUACGACGUCGAAGAGGGUAGUAGCGCAAAAAGAUGAAGAGAAAGAAGGGGGGGGGGGGGCGAGGGGCAGAUCCAACGGCCGGAAACUUCCUAAAUCAUGGGGCACUAUCUUCUGUCUUCCUUUGGCAUGAACUCAACUCAACUCACUGAGUUGAUGAUUACAGUCGAGUCACACCCUCUGUCCUUUCCACUCACUUUCUUUCUUUCUUUCUUCCUCUACCUCCCCGCCCCUUCUGCCCUUUUUCGUCAUUUCUCCUCUAAUCCCCAUCCGACGUCUCCCAUCCUUCCACGUCACCACCGUCUUCUUCAUCCUCCCUUCCCUUGCCCCAUCUCUUUCUAUUUUUAUUUACCCCCCUUUAGGGUUUCUCAGAUUUAACCAAAUUCUCUGUUUUCCCCCAUCCUUAUUUUUCUCAAAUUAUAAAAGAACAAACCUUCAAAUCUCCAAUUCCUUGACUCUCUCAAUUUUUGCAGCAGAUAUUCUUCCUACCGAGGGUUUCGAUGAAUUGGCGCUCUAUUCCGUAAUGCGCAAAAUAAAAUUUUCAAUUUAAGUUUUGUAGAAUUGAGGAUUAGAAUUUUCGUUCGUUUGGUGGUUUAUGUUAUGAUGGCGAUUGAGAAGAAUAACUUCAAAGUUUCACGGUUUGAUUCGGAGUUCUCGUAUGGUAGUAGAGAGACGACUGUGUCGAGUGAUGAGGAUGAGCUUCAACGACAAAGCUCAGCUGUUGAUUCUGAUGGCGAUGAUGAUGAUGAUGAUGAAUUUGAUGAUGCUGAUUCAGGAGCAGGUUCGGAUGACUUUGAUUUAUUGGAAUUAGGAGAAACGGGGGCUGAAUUCUGCCAAGUUGGGAACUUGACUUGUUCUGUUCCUUUCGAGUUGUACGAUCUUCCUGGAUUGGAAGAUAUUUUGUCUCUUGAUGUGUGGAAUGAGUGUUUAAGUGAUGAGGAGCGGUUUAGCCUUACUAAAUUUUUGCCCGAUGUGGAUCAGGAUACAUUUAUGCGGACUUUGAAUGACCUUCUUAAGGGUGAUAAUUUUCAUUUUGGGAGUCCUAUAAAGAAGUUGUUUGAUAUGUUGAAAGGAGGCUUAUGUGAGCCAAGGGUCGCACUUUAUCGGGAAGGUUUGAAUUUCUUUCAGAAGCGACAGCAUUACCAUCAUUUGAGGAAGCAUCAGAAUAAUAUGGUUGCCAAUCUUUGUCAAAUAAGGGAUGCUUGGCUUAAGUGCAGGGGAUACGGUAUCGAGGAGCGGCUUCGUGUUUUGAACAUUAUGAGAAGUCAGAAGAGUUUGAUGUAUGACAAAUUCAAAGAUGAGGAUUCUGAAUCCUCCAAAAGAGAGGAUUUGAAUGAUGGAUUGUGGAGCAAAAAGGAGAAGGACAGGAAAGCUUCACAGAAAAAGGCACGCUACUCGGGCUAUGGGGUUGAACCGAAUUUAGAAUUCAUUUCCCGAGGACAGCUGAUGGCUUUGGAACCAGCAAAAUAUGGGAAGCAGAAUCCAAAAGGUAUGCUUAAGACAGGAACUCUUCCUCGACAGAAAUAUGAGUCAGGGGCUGUCCUCAGGUCUAGGGAUUGGAUGAGGUUAGAUGAUGAUGCCGAAGACCCAAUGUUCGGAGCAGGUAUUCGAAGAGACCGAAAUGUUGUGCGUGAUAGCAUUAUGGGAAAAUCUGGUUCAUUGAGAACAGGGAAAAAGUAUGAAAGACCGGAAGAAUUUGCUGGUGAUAGUUCUGCGGCUUUGCCUUUGUCUUCAAAGCAUGACUUGCAGGCCUAUGGUAGGAACAGGGAUAUGAAUAAAUUGUCAGAGGCAAAAAUGUAUACUUCAAAGCCUCCUAACAGGACAUCUGAUGAUUUGCCCAAGAAGGUCAAGUAUUCUGAAAACCAUCUGCAAUUUGCUGUUGGAAAACAAAUUAAGUCUUCGAAGGGCCGAACUCCUCCAUUUCCAUUGAAAGGGAGUCGAGUUGACUUAUCUGAAUGUGCUGAAAUGUUUUGUCAAAAUAAGAACCAUGGAGAAGAUAUCUCUGUGGAUUCUUCAGUUAGAUCUGAUGAUUGGAAUGUUAGGAGCAAGAAAUGGAAAACAGGACGAGAUUCACCAGAUGUCAGUUUUAAAUCUUAUAAAGUUUCUUCACCACUGAUGAAUGAUCGAAUCCUGCAGUCUGACAGUAGAACAAAACCUUUGCAGGAGAAGACCAGAGGGAACUAUGUGCAAAAGAGAGGCCCUGUUUCCAAAGGCAGUAGAGCAUUUAUUAGAAAUGAAGAAACAGAAUCCGACUCAUCUGAGCAAUUUGAUAAUGACGAGGAUAAUCCUCUAAUGAGAAGCAAAUUGGCAUACCCUAUGGGUGUCAUAAAAGAUUCUCAGUUGUCUUCAUUGAAGUCCGGUGUAGAUUCUAAAAAGACCAAAUCUUUGAAGAAAAAGUCUAUGGAGGAUGGAUGGACUGUUGAUGGAAUCACUCACUUCUCCAAGAAGAGCUUUAGGGAAGAUGUGCAUGUGCCUGGAGUAGAAAACUACUAUUUUAAAGGAAAACAGAAGGGCAAGAUGAGUGAAAGCCCCUUGCUUAACUCUACUUCUAGAUUAAUGGACGAGGUUGAUAGGAAACAAGUUUACAAGUUGGGUAAAAGUGCCCAGUUACGAGGGGAACCUGGUAACGGGUUACACAAGUCCUCAUCGAGGGUCUACCCUACUGACAAAAGGCAGAAAGGUGAACUCGCCUAUGAUCAUUCUACGUCUCAGUCAAAUUAUCUGCGUGAUUAUCUUGUUGAUGAGGAGGAUGCUUUACCUGUGACACUCUCGUUAGCUGAUGAAAAUAACCCGGGUAGAAAUACGAAGAAAGGUCAGAGCAUUGAAGCAUAUGAUCGCUGUGAAAAAUCCGAAGCUUCAUUACGAGGGUGCAACAAAGGGACAAAGAAAAGGAAGGGGAAGGAGUAUGUGGCACAUGUUGAUAGAAGGGGCGAAGAUGGUAACCUGCAGUCUAACCUUGAGCAGCAAAUCGAUGAUUCCCUUUUCUUGAAGAAAAAGGGAAAGCGAAAACUGGAGGCUGAUAUUGGUGCUUCUGAUAUGGAAGCUUCUGAACCACAUGGUGCAGAAUUAGGAGCCAUAGAUGUGGAGAUAGAAACCAAACCACAGAAAAAGCCAUUUAUUUUGAUCACCCCCACAGUUCAUACUGGUUUCUCGUUCUCAAUUAUACAUCUUCUUUCUGCAGUUCGCUUGGCAAUGAUUACACCACUUCCAGAAGACUCCUUAGAGGUUAGCAAGCCUAGAGAAGAGCAAAAUGGAAAGCAGGAAGGUGGCGCGAAUGGAGUUCUUUCUUGUGAAAAUGCAGUUAGCAAUGAUUUGGACCAUCCUGUGCAAGCAAGUGCGCUUUCUCUAACUGUUCAUGAGAUUGUUAGUCGGGUGGCGGCGAAUCCUGGGGAUCCAUGUAUCCUUGAGACACAAGAGCCGCUUCAAGAUUUAGUUCGGGGAGUUCUGAAAAUUUUCUCAUCAAAAACAGCACCUUUGGGAGCGAAAGGCUGGAAGGCACUUGUUGCCUAUGAAAAGUCCACAAAAGGUUGGUCUUGGGUUGGUCCUGUUAUGCAUAGCUCAAAUGAUCAUGAGACUAUUGAGGAGGUAACAUCACCCGAAGCCUGGGGUCUGCCCCCGAAAAUGCUUGUCAAGUUAGUUGAUUCAUUUGCAAAUUGGCUGAAAAAUGGUCAGGAGACUCUCCAGCUAUUAGGGAGUCUUCCUGCACCACCGCUUGAAUUGAUGCAAGCCAAUUUAGAUGAGAAAGAAAGGUUCAGAGACCUAAGAGCUCAGAAGAGCCUUAGCACCAUUAGUCCAAGUUCUGAAGAAGUGAGAGCUUAUUUCCGUAGGGAGGAGCUUCUUAGAUAUUCUAUUCCUGACAGGGCCUUCUCUUACACGGCUGCUGAUGGCAAAAAAUCUAUAGUUGCUCCCUUGCGAAGGUGUGGAGGUAAACCAACUUCAAAGGCUCGAGAUCAUUUUAUGCUGAAACGUGACCGGCCACCACAUGUUACAAUUCUUUGUAUUGUGAGAGAUGCAGCUGCCAGAUUGCCUGGAAGUAUCGGCACCCGUGCAGAUGUUUGUACUUUGAUAAGAGACUCCCAGUACAUUGUCGAAGAAGUUUCUGAUGCACAAGUUAACCAGGUUGUUAGCGGGGCCUUAGACCGUUUGCAUUACGAACGAGAUCCUUGUGUACAAUUUGAUGGAGAGAGGAAAUUGUGGGUUUAUUUGCAUAGAGAAAGAGAAGAAGAGGAUUUUGAGGAUGAUGGUACUUCAUCUACUAAGAAAUGGAAGAGGCAGAAAAAAGAUGCUGCUGAGCAACCUGAUCAAGGAGCCGUAACUGUGGCUUUCAAUGGGACUGGGGAUCAAUCAGGAGAUUUGGUCUCUGAUCUUAAUGUCGAGCCUCCAUGCUGUGAUAAAAAGAUGGAGACAGAUUCCCAUAAUACACAAAACGUGGAGGAUAAUGUUGACACCAGUCAUGGGUCUGAGCAAGGUAACACCCAACAACAUGGUCAUCCUGUGCAAGAAAGCAAAUUGCUAUGUCAAGAAAAUUCCACUAAUGAAGAUUUUGAUCAACAUUUCAGUUUUGCAGGUCAGAGUCCACCAAGAGGGUAGAAGGUGGUGCGGUUGUCGAUCCCAUUCAAGGUUUUUGUGUUAUACGUUGAAAGGCUUACAUGUAUAGUGAUUUCUAGUCCAAAAUGUAGAUUAGAAAGUGAUCUUCUGAGAUAUGCCCAAAGAACGGUGCUUCAAUACAUACAGGUGGAUGUUCCAUGAUUUUUGCAUUUCAUAAAUAUUUUUUGAUAUCUUAUUUUGGUAAUUUCAAAUAUAGCUUAUAUAUGUUCACUGAGCUGAUAAAAACAUGCUAAUUUGGUUCUUGUAAUAUGCCAUAUUUUGCAUUCCCUAGAAUUUGAUAAAAUUAUUACAUGCUUUAUGUGCUUAUUUUUACAUAAA